GGUUAAAGCCAUCCACUUUGACAGCUAAAAGUGUCGGAAUGGUUUGUGAUUGGCGGUGAAUGUUCUACACGGGAUCACUAUUGGCGUAGACGAGGAGUGUGCAAGGGUGUGCGGGGCACGGCGCCAUUACCAACAAUGGCCGGCGAAAUGAUCGUUAGCGAAUAGCCUUUAUCUCUUUCUAAUAUACGACACGCAGGUUGGAAUUAAUGAGACGGAGAGGGUUCGGCGCGUUACCCUCUUCGCUGUCUGCCUCUCGCUCGCACGUACGGGUGACGUUCCGCCGUCUCGUGCUCGGCGCGCGGCAGCGGUAACGUUCGCCACGACGGGAAUUCAGAGUCGUAGAGCCUCAUACGCGGGUCAUAAACGAUCCGCGGCCAUAGUAGAGGUGCACGCGCGAGAAUCGAUCCGAAAUCGCCGGCGAUAAACGCAUCUUCCGCGAGGCGAUCGUCGCGCGCCGCGUCGCCGCCGAGCGAUGAGUUCCAAGUUCAUCAUCGAUAGCAUGCUCCCGAAGUACCAUCAGCAGUUCCACCACCAGAAUCUGUUCGCGGGAGCGGGAGCGUCGCCCAUAGAGGCGUCGUUGUCGUCGUCGCUGUCGUCGUCGCUGUCGACGUCGUUGUCCUCCUCGUUGUCUGGGGGCCUCGGAGCGGCGGCACUGGGGGCGGGCUCCCCGGGGGCCUCGAGCCCGCAGCGCUCCUCGUCGUCGUCGUCGGCUUCGCCCGGCGCGCCCGCGAGGAUGUACCCGUACGUGUCGCACCACCAGCAGUUCGGGGGGUCGGUGCCGUUCCCGACCGGGGGGAGUCUGGCGGACGACAAGAGCUGCCGGUACCCGACAGCGGUGGGCGGUGAUCCCAUGGUGAACUACGCACUGGGACAGCACAACGGCGGAGCGGCGGUGUCGGCGGCCUCAGCGAGCAUGGCUGCGGCGGCUCAGUUCUACCACCAGGCGGCUGCGUCAGCAGCGUCGGCGGCGUCGGCGGCAUCCGUGGACGCCAUGGGCGCCGCCUGCUCGCAGCCCUCCGCCCAGCCUCUCCCGGAUAUCCCCCGCUACCCCUGGAUGUCCAUCACCGAUUUUCCGUUUCCAGAUUGGAUGAGCCCCUUCGACCGCGUGGUGUGCGGUGAGUUCAAUGGUCCAAACGGAUGCCCGAGGCGGCGGGGGCGGCAGACGUAUACGAGAUUCCAGACGUUGGAGCUGGAGAAGGAGUUCCAUUUCAACCACUACCUGACGCGUCGGCGCAGGAUAGAGAUAGCACACGCGCUCUGUCUCACGGAGCGGCAGAUCAAAAUAUGGUUCCAGAACCGACGCAUGAAGCUAAAGAAGGAACUCCGCGCGGUGAAGGAGAUAAACGAGCAGGCGCGCCGGGAGCGCGAGGAACAGGACCGGAUGAAGCAGCAGCAGCAGGAGAAGCAAGCGAAGCUGGAGAGCCAGCACCACGGGCACCACGUGACCCACCACCACGACCCCAUGAAGAUGCCCAUAGACAAGGGCGGUGAUCUCCUCAAAGUGAACAAGGUGCCGACGUAAGGCGCCCGCGAAACCUGACUGACAUUGUAUCAUAUAGUGUGAAUACAAGGAGUGUUGCGUCCGGGGGGACCGUGGGCUGUAGUCGUCUCGUAUCCGAUAGUUUUAUAUUUUGCGGUUCAGGAGCCUCGUUGUUGAGGCGAGUGACGUUUAUUUUGAAGUUCCUCUGUGCGAACUUGCCUCGUGCGUCGUGUCGCGCGGUGGUCGGGUCGGUGAAGUGCUUUAAGCAUUUAUUUUGUUGCCAUAACCACACUUUAUUGCAAUAAUAUUUUACUAAAAAUUUACAAACGCUAAAAGUUAGCAUCGAUCUAAGAUUUUCGAGUCCGAUCGUCGGUAUUGUUAGUUAAGAUUUUGAAUCUGUGAAUCUCAUAGUAUUUAUUGCUACCGAUUAUUUGUAACGCAUUAUGUUAUAUUUUUUUAUUGAUAGAUAUUAUAUUAUGUACAUUAUGAUGUAUAUUUUAUUAUUUGUCCACUUUUAUUGGACCGGUUACGUUAUCUGGGUCACAUUUUUAUGAUUGUAAAAUUUGUUGUAUUGAGGUUUCGAGAGUUAUUUUUAUAUUAUUUCCAUUUUGUGAUCGCUUCGGUGGUUGUGUAUGAAAACUGUUACUCGGUUCGCGAGUAUCGUUUCAGUAUCGUAGAUUCAUCAUCAUCAUCUCCAUCGAACAGUCGAGCGCGACGUAUUUAAGUGUAACAAAAUACGUAUUAAAGUACAAUCACUUUUAGAUCGUGUAAUAUUGUGUUUUCUAAUCAUUCUUAUAAAUAUGAAGUAUUUUUGAAGAAUGUCCAGUCGAUCCAUUCGAAUAUGAUGUCCAUGUAUCCGAAAUCAUCUAAUGUUCAAAAUUAUAUACGUAACGAUGAUACAUAUAAUACAUAGUAAUGCAAAAUUAAAUUUACAUAUUUAAUUUUAAAGUUGGUUAGCGUAAGUGUAAUAUAUAAAUAGAUAAUAUUAUAGGACUUUGUAUGGAGUAUUAUUAAGUAAACGUAACUACCGUCAUAGGCUACUUCGAUUCGUUUGCCUGUUGUUCUUAUAUUUACUAAACAAUAAAAUAAAUCAAAAAUAAUAAAAAAUAUAAGCAAUAAUGAUAAAAAUGAUAUUCUCCUGACACAAAACUCGCUUCUAAACCACUUUGUGCCAAAUAUUUUAGAAAAUUUUAGUAUCGUAUUGGAAAUAUAAGGGUUUAUUUUCUACAACGAAAAACGCAACCUAUUUAUUUUUAGUUAUUAGAGACAGUACUAAAAAUUAGAAAUUUAAAUUUUAGUGUUGAUAGUCACCUUUAUACGUAAAUUUAUGUCAGGGUAGAUUUAAAGGUUUUAAUGGAUGUGUAUAAAUGCUUAAUUUUGAUAAAAAUCAUCGAAAGGAUAUCUGUCCAAAGCUGCUCUUAUGAAUCCUCGUUCUUAGCAGUGUCCUAAUGUUGUGGUAUCAAUGUCCUCUAGAUAUAAGCGUUUUUUUUUUUUAUUACCAUUGUAUUAUUUGCUAGACUGAACUUAGAAAAACUUGAGGUAUAAUUGUAUGUUUAUUUGGUUUUUAAAAUUUUGAUUCAAAUGUUGCAUCUUUUUAUGUUAGUGAUUCCAUAAUAUUUACUUGGAUAACUACAAAAUAUGUUUUUACAGAAUGAAAAAACAACAUUUUGUUCAGUAUGCAACAUUUUUUCACCGUUUCAAAGAACAGAGGACAUGUUUUUGUAAUAAUUCACUAAUAUUAUAAAUACACUGCUUGUAGAAAUUUUGGUGAACCAAGAGAAUGGUUGUCGAAAUUAAACGAUAUUUCUUUGUCGAAUUAAAAUCGAACAAAUUUGUACUUAACGUUGGUAUAAAUAUACCUAGGCUUUUAAAAUAUAAUGCAUAGAUUAAUAUCAUUAAUGUGAAUAAAUUUAAUCGUUAAAUCAGGAACGAAACGCGCUUACAUUAUGUUUAAAAUGAUCAAAUUGAGAUUAUUAUUGUAGCGGUUGACUGUACUUUUAUUUAAUUUUCUUAAAUUUUCCUGUUGCCUUGUUUUUCAUAUUAUGUUAUAUUUUUGUUUAAGUGGGCCCGUGCAAAAUUGUAAUUCGUUUAAUUCUUAGGUAUAGGAGCAAGUUAUCAUUUCCAACAAUAGGUAAAGCGCAUGUGUUGUAUGAUUUAUAUCAGGUUCUCCUUAUUGUUUCUCCGUCGUAAAUAACAGUAGAUAAUUCUCGAGAAACAAUGAGCAAUUUGCUAAAUACAUUACGUACGACCUCCAUCCGUAAUGCUGUCUUGCCAUAUACUAGUGUUUCUUAGGCAGUAGAUUAAUACCUGACCGAUUUCACGUUGUUAUGGGUGCGUUUGUAUAAGACAGUUGACGUAGAUGCAAUCAAAUAUCUUCGAACUUUAAUGGUUCAGAGUAAGCCUCUCGUUAAAGGAAAAAAAAAAUACGUCCCGCGUACAUGCACCUUAACUCCUUAAACUUGCGUUUCAUUUCUUCAUUCAGAAUUCCAUAUUAUUUUCGAUAUUAUAGUAACAUAGUUAAUUUUAUUACAAAUAACAAGACUUCCGUACUACUAGGUUAUCUCUAAUUAAUGGUUCAAUUUAUCUUAAAUGUAGCUAUGUAUGUACCUAUAUCUAUAUUUUUGAGAAUAGCAUUAUCUUUAAAUAAGUGUCUGUACAUAGUUGUGAACGUUUACGUGGCGAAUUAUAUUUUGUUUAUAUUUCUGUUUUAUGUUAUGUAUUUAUGAGAUAUUUCGUAUGUCGUUUCGUUCGAUCACAAAAGCACUUGUUUCUUUGAUUAUUUUAAAAUUUUACAUGCGAAGUUUAUAGCUAGAGCAGAUUCAGUUGCGUUCUUUGUUUGCAAAAUCCAACUUUUGUGGUCAAAGGAAAACAUACAGAAUGAAGUGACUGUGUCGUGUUUUAAGCAAAAUAGUUGGGUGAUUGUAUAUGUACCCGCAUUCAAUAUUGUAAUAUUAAUUUGGACAAUUCAAGAGAAUAAAGAGUUAAUAAAAGUAUGGCUAAUUA